AUGUUUGCAUGUGUGCUGCCCUCAUGGUUUGGCUCAAGAGUGAAGAUGACCGCACCAUCAGAGGACGAUGGUGGUGAUGGUGGUGCCACAAGCAGUCAUGCAGCACUCCUCAAAUUCGCGUCUUCUUCUGCAAAGGCCGGGACUUUGCCCGAAGAGGUGACUUUGUCUGAGGAGCUAGAAGGCAUCAUUCGAGGCCUUGCGGAAAACGGGGCUGCUGCUUGCUAUCCUUGGGAUGCUUUGAGGAUACUGCUUGCCAGAAAGUUGGAGAAAGUCCUGGCAGAUUUUUGGCGAGAAGCGCCAGAUUUGCAUCUUCGUGAAGGUGAAACAUUUGACGCAGCAGUGGAACCACUCACGCGAUCAUUGUUGGACCUACGUAGAGAAGGUGCUCCAUGGACCACUCAGCGGCUGUGCGAACUGCUUGCCAUGCCUCGGAAAGGGUACAAAUCUACAAGGAAAUACAUGUAUGCGCUUCAGCGAGCUAUAUUGAUAACCACCACUGAAGAGGCAUUAGCACCGUGCUCACUAUCAGUCUCGCAGACACCUAUGCGGAGUUACUUCGAAGGUGUUCGCGAGGCGUCUGACAUGGAGGGCCGACCAGCAGUCGAGACAACAACGGCUGCUGCUAUUGCCGCUGCAACUGUUCUUCCUCCGGAUGCCCCGGAAGGCACUGCCGCCUUAGAAUCAGAGCAAGGGGAGUCCACCCCAGCUGGGCGAAAACGCAAGCUGCCGGAGGAGCUAGCAAAUGGUGUGGUGGAGGAAUAG